GAGGGGGCGAGGAGGAGGCGGCACGGGUGCUGUUUCUCCAGUCUCUUUCCCCUGUCUUUGUCUCACACACUCUUUUGUUAGCCAUGCCUAGCCUGCUGGUUCUAGCAGGGAUGAUGGAGAAAAAUGGGGGCUACGGCGGGGAUCUGGCCGGCUCCGGCUUCGGAAGCGAAGGUCUCCUUGUGCCGCCCGAUGAGGAGGAAGACGACUCCCGUGCCCUCAGGGUCGCGCUGGGCCAGUUGUCUCUACUGGGGCUCGGGGAAGGCGAGGACGGCGGCGGAGCCCCAACAACAGGAGUACAGGAUCGGAGCAACAAUAACAACAACCACCACAACCACACGAACAGCGUCGGAGGCAGCGGGGACACGGCGAUUCUGCAAGGGAAGAGCAAGUUGUGCGCCCUGUACGAGAGCUCCUCAAGUGAGACGAAAGGACGAGGCUGCAACAUAACAGAAUGCGUCCCAGUGCCCAGCUCUGAACAUGUGGCCGAAAUAGUGGGGAGACAAGGUUGCAAGAUCAAAGCCUUGCGGGCGAAGACCAACACCUACAUCAAAACCCCUGUUAGAGGAGAGGAGCCGGUGUUCUUAAUCACUGGCCGGAAGGAGGAUGUUGCACUGGCCCGCCGUGAAAUCAUCUCUGCUGCAGAGCACUUCUCCAUGCUUCGAGCAUCCCGCAACAAGCUAGGAGUGUCCUUUAGCGGCUCUCCGCCCACACCUUUGCCUGGUCAGACUACCAUUCAGGUGAGAGUGCCAUACCGUGUUGUGGGGCUGGUCGUGGGGCCUAAAGGCUCCACCAUCAAACGCAUCCAGCAGCAAACCUGUACUUACAUCGUCACCCCUAGUCGAGACCGCGACCCCGUCUUUGAGAUCACGGGGUCACCAAGCAAUGCUGAGCGGGCCCGCGAGGAGAUAGAAGCACACAUCGCCUUCCGAACAGGAGGCCUGCACGACCACAAUAAUGAGAACGACUGUUUGGGGCCAAAUGGUGGAAGCAGCCCAGCGGGCAGCAGUGGUGGUCUGGAGAGCCGACUACAGCAGGUGUGGGGGCUGCAGGGGGGCCAGCGCAAGCCCCUCACUAGCAGCUACCGCCAGAACUUCUCAGAUACCAUGGUUGGAGGGGGAGGGGGAGGAGGUGAGGGAGGGGGAAUCUACACCAAGAGCAACUUCUCCAGCUCUGGAGAGAAGCCUUGCUCUUAUUUUGGAUCGGAUGGUACACAGAGCUGGGGCGACCCUGACUACCCCAAACAGGUGGCCUUCUAUGCCCAGCAGCGCUCCAAGAGCUUUGGAGGCCUCCCGCUCCCCCUGACCAGACUCUCCCCUGGCUUACCCGAGUCCUGUGGAGGUGGAGGAACCAACAACUCUUCAGUCACCAGCAUUGUGCCCGUAUCCGGUUCACCUCAUGCCCAAGCCCGCCGUGCCCACAGUGAGCCCACCUCAGCCGGCGAGGGCUUCCCAGGCCGUCUGCCAGUGCCGGACUCACCGCCGGCCACUGUGCGGGACUGCAUGACCUGCUUUGAAAGCAAAGUGACGGCUGCCUUGGUGCCCUGUGGCCAUAACCUCUUCUGCAUGGAGUGUGCCAUCCGAAUCUGUGAGCUCAACCACCCGGAGUGCCCAGUGUGCCACACCCAGGUCACACAGGCCAUCCGAAUAUUCUCUUAAGGAACCACAUCGGUUUUUAUCAUUCGUUUUGUCAGUGUUUGUUCAAUAAUUAUUUCCUGUUAUUCUGAUUAUUAUUAUAAUACACAUUUUUGUUUUUCAGAAAAUUUAAAAACAAUCAAGCAGAUAUUUUAGAAGGCACUGCUUGCUUUACUAAAAAGUAUAAGAAAUAUUUUUAAGUUUUUCUUUUAUAUAUAUAUAUGCAUAUAUAUUUUAUAAAAGUUUUGUUUAUAAGAGAAGUAUAGUACCUUGCAUUUUCAGUUUUUUGGACUGCUGCUGUUUUUCAUUCAUGAAUCACAGUGUAGGCAGAGGUAGACAGUAAUGUGAACAUUUUAUUAUUCAAAUUUUUAUUUUACCAUGAAGUGGGUUUAUAUGGAAGGAAAGAAGAUGAUUGUUGAGGUACCCAAUCUGCACCUGACUGACCUAGAGAGUCAAUGUUGUUAUUAGAAGAAAAAACAACUAGAAUAUUCAUUGCACCUUACAAUCAUCUUGAUCUAAAAUAGGAUUUCAAUCAAACCUUGAAAUUUUGGGAGCCGAUGCGAAGGUGAAUUCAGCCUUUUCAGAUUUACUGUGAUUGUGAUUUUGAUAUAAUUGGUCCAGGACAGAUAUUUUAUCACAAUGAAAAUGUGAAUAGAUUGGUGGUAACCUUGUAACCCUGACUAAGAACAAAAGAUGGCCCUUUUUUCAGUCUUAUACCUUAGAGUCUUAUGAAACAAAUGAAUCCUAAAAGGGAUAGGACACUACAUCAUUUAUUAAAGUAUUGCUACACUCAUAAUUGGAAACAAAUCUUUAGAGAUAGGCAAAAGUUGUGUAUUAGUGAAAUCGUUUUUCCAGUAGCCAUUGAUUACACUUUGGUCACUGCAGUUUGUUGAAAAGAUUUAGUAACGCUUGCUCCUCGUGGCACUUGAAAAGCAUGUGGUUCCUCGGUUGGCUUAAAGCACUGAUUUAAUUUGUGAGGCCGAAAGCCUUGGAAUUCUUCCAGUUGGCUAGUUCUCGAUAUCCGUCUCCCCAAUGGACUUGUUUCAAAGCCACCUUAGCCGCGCUUUAUUGUCUCGUGUGGUCAUUUGGCCACAUUCUCUGAACAAUAUAGGACAAAGAAAGAGCUCUAGUCAACAGGCAUUUCUCUGAGGUGUGCACUGUAAAUACAGAGGAGAAUUAGUACGUGGACAGAAGCCGAGUAAAACUGUAAAUUGUUUCCUGAAUCAGCAGCCGACUCACUAAAACAGUUGACAAUGUAAAAUACAGAGUCCCACACCAGUAAUCCUUACUCCCCAAUAGUAACAGCAUUAUGUGUGAGCUCCGAGGGGCCAGCUGUCUCCCCUGUAAUUAGCAAAUCUGUACAGGAGCAGGUGUUUCAUGGCACACUGUGGCUGUGACCCCAAGUUGGAGCUCCGGCCUAGCCCCCUUUCUUUCUCUCUUUUCUGUGGCUUUUAUGUCUCCCCCUGCUUACAGUUCGAUCGUUUGGUUUCGAAGGCCUCUCUGAGUGGGGCGUAUUGUCUUGGCCCGCUAGCGGCGUGGGCUGCGGAGUGCUCGGACACGGCCUGGAUCUACUCAUUCAUAAUUAGGCAAAUGGGUUGGUCCAGGUGCGGACCGUGUGGGGACUCUGGAGCUGUAUGAGGAGUAGGACAGGGUCCUGCAGCGAGCCCCUUUCAGCCCCACCCCACUGUUACAAGCACAGAGGGGGCUGGAUGCAGCUGGGCGUAUAGGACCCCCUCCUUCCUCUCCCUCUUGCCCCUUCCUCCCCCCUUUUUCCUCUCCUUUUCUGCCGUUCUGAGCUAUCCCUACUGGGGAGCGGGGCCUCUUUUGUCCCAGAACACACACACAUACGAAAUUUGAAAGACAGUAGCUGAAUUUGGCAGUGCCUGUGAAAUAGGGAGAGGAUUUGAGCAAAAUAAAUUAUCUACAGUUAUCAGAAGGUCACCAGCUACCUGUUCUCAGUAUUAACAGCAGAAAUGUGAUGCCCUCACAUUGUAAAUGAUAAAAAUGUGCAUGUUCACCUACAAAACAAAGAUUGCGUGAUCUCAUCACACAGGGGGCGGUAUUAACCCCCCCCUACUCCAGCUCCCACAUGCACCGCCCUGAAAUCAGGAAGGGGUCGUUUUUUGUGUGACAGCGCCAAUGCAGAUCAUGUCAGCUCGCCACUGUAUGGGACAUCCUGCAGCUGCCCCUUCACUGUGGACACCAGGGCUUCAGCCAAUGGCAGCCCCCCUCUGGCUUUGAGCUUUGAGAAUGAAAUCAGACAAUUGUAAUUGACAGGAAAGCAGAGGAAACGCCCCAUUUAACCAGCACUCAUGCUGAAUCAAAUUACACACCCUCUGCGUCUGCCUUAGCCCCAGCCUGGGGAUUUCAGAGGGCUAGAGGAGAGCGGAUGGGGGUAGGGAUUAAAGCUGUUGAAUGAUAGGGGGGGAUUCAUUUGGGCUGUAAGAAGAGAGAAGGAGGCUCGAAAAAAAAAAACUUCCAGAUCUUGCGUUUUUAUUGGUCAUUCAAGUCUUGCUCAGAGUUUUGAGUAGUUGUCACAUGAGAGCUGGUGUCGGCGAUUCAGCAGGCCUUUCUUUUGUUGUACUGGAGAACAAUUCAACUCGGCUUCUGUCUCAAAAAGGAAUUAACAUUUACAAAUUGUGUUUUCUAGCACACAAAGGGCCCUUCUUUAUUUUAUUUUAUUUUGAAAAAGCAGACCACUCACAUUACGUGAGGACUGCAGGGAAAGCACUGUACUUAUAAAAAGUACCCUGAGAUCUAUCAGAUAUAGGAAUAAAGAAUAGUUAUGGUUUUAUGGAUGGAAAAAUUGCACAGUGGUUUGGCUUAAGCUUUCAAUGUCAAAUUCAAGGCAGUAUGACACUGUUCUUUGAACUUAGUAUUUUUGUUAUUUUGUUUUCUGCCUUAAUAUUUUUUAUUCAAAUAUUGCCAUUGCUUUGGCACACAAGGUAGCAACUUUGGCCUUUGAUAGUAUCGCCCCGUAGUAAAACUUUUUAAAGUACUUAUUUUUGGAGAAACGAAUGUGAAUCAAACUUCUUGGGUGGGUUUUAGCGGGAUUCAGGAAAUUAGGCUCUUAAAACACUUUACUUAAAAAAUAAAGUAGAGCACCUUAUUACAAAACAUGCGCAAUUGAUUAAAACCAAACCGACCACUGAUGGUGAAUACAUUUCAUAGAAUUUGAAAGAAAUGCACAUAAGGAUUCCCUAUCAUUUUUUUGUAUUAUGGUGGUUCUUGUUCUUCUUAAUACUUCAGUAGUAGUAGUGGUAAUUGGGAGGCCUCUCGUCCAUUUGGUCAAUGCUGAUGACUUGGUGGAGUUUUGCACUGGUUUAAUGAAGAGAGGGCUUUUUGGAGAUUCUCCCUGUUUAGACGCUGUAUAAGUUAAUGAGUAUUGUACUUUAUGGGAAAGCACUCUGAGCAUCUAUGUAAAUACAGUAUGUGUAUCGGUGAUGAACAUCCAGACAAAGGCCAGCUUAAAGUGAGGUUCUGAUUAUUUUUCAAAGCUGAAGGUGUCAUUGUCAAUGUUUUAGCAUAUGGAAUUCAAGAUGUUGAGUUUUAGGGAGAGUAAAUCUUUUAUAUAUGCGCCCCAUCAUCUUUUUGACUAUAAUAGUACGUUGUAUAUUAGAUAGAUCCAUACAUUUAAGAAAUAUUAUUUAAACUGAUUAACUUAGUAUGUCAUCCAAAUAGAGAUAAUAAAUUAACCAGACACUACUAUAAACUGUAAUAAUGAAUAUCCUUUAUGAAGCAGCUGAUGUAUAAAUCCAAGCUCAAGUAAAAACUCAAAUGAAGUAUGUGUAAUAACCUACCCCUGAUGAAUAAUCAGUCUCUAUGUAUAUUAGGAUUAAAGCAAUAAUAGGACUAUACUGGGAUAGUAAACAGAGGAGGUCUGCUUAGUCAGUUCUUUAAGUAAUAUUCUAUUCAGAAAUUGACCUUGACUAUUAGGAUGCUGUUGCGUCUGUCUCACAUCUUCUAAAAGUUCAUUACGGAUUCAUGCCAGUGAAGAAACAGAGAUAAUGAAUAAGUAACCGUUUCAGGAAAACUAAUUGUUCUUGUUGUGUUCAUCAUCAGGGUCAUUUAGUGAACUGAUUGCUUACUUUUUUUAAAAAUUCUCAAUCAGAACAAAGGGCAGGUCGAGACAAACUUAAGGAUCUUUUUUUCCUGAGUAGCACUGAAAGUAUGAAACUGCAAAUUUCUGUGACUAAGAGGCACUGCGCUGUAAAAGUGUUCCCUUGAGUGUAAAUAAGCAACAGGACCGUAGUGUUAGCCCGGGGGUCUGUCCUCUUGUCCUCUUUGUUAACAGGCGGGACAGGAGGACUUUACUUAUGAUAGACUGAUGUCUUGAAGGUCAGAAACGUACACAGCAGGGAGAGACAGAGGGUAGGGAACAUGACUUGAUGUACUGUACCAGCUAUACUUUGACUGCAGUCAUGUAGUGACUAUUCUUCUUCAUUAAGUUACAGACAGAGGCAGGUGUGUUACUUAUUGCAUAUCUUAAGAGGAUUUCUGUUUACAUAGUAAUCACACGUUUCUGAUUUCAUGGCUCUAUUUGCACCUACUUUUUCAUCUGUAAUGUCGUUGAAAGAAAAAGGUCACACAUAGCCAAAGAACAAAGUGAAAAAGGAGAGGACAUGGGCUACAAACACUCAAGUUAACUUAUUUUUGCAUCAAAAUCUGCUUGGUUUGAAGUUUAUUAAAUCAGGAUUAUUAAGGAAUAAUCUCGUAGCUAGAAUAACUCUGUUUACCCAAAAGUCUUGGAGGCCAAUCAGUUGAUAUCUGUGAAAUGAAGGCAUAUCAUGUUUCAGUGUUAUAAGAUUAGUUUAAUACUGCAGGGGCGCCGGUAACAGACUUACUUCUCCCCAAAGAGAUCAGCAAAAGCACAUCCUGGAACUUUCACAGCUCUUUGAGUGAUUUUCUAUUGUCCUGGUGAGGUUGUUUGGGGAAGAAAAUAGUCCAGGGUGGGUCUUAAUCUCUUUGUAAAACUUGACUGAUGUUGAGGAGUUGAGAUUAAAAGGGACUGUCCAAGUGAUUUGAUCAAAUAGACAGUGAGGAAACUGUUCACAAUGACAAGCCAGUGAAAAUUCAGGCCGAAUUUCCCAAUUUUUAAAGACCGUCGCAGUAAACUGUGAGGGUUUUCUUGUAGAUGUAAACAAGGUCAGUGUGAUAGUGAAAAAAGCAACACUGUGGUUUUUUAGUUAAUAUCAUUUAGAGAGCCAUUAACUGUAUCCUUAAGUUUAACUGCAUGUAAGUAAAGUAUAGUACAGUAGGUAAGAUUUAUCAGAAAAAAGUUAAGAUCGCAUAAAGAAUUCAUCAGCGUGAAACCUAAAGUGUAUAAAAAGCUUUAAGACCUUAAAGUGAACAUCGGUCGAAAACAUAUAUUUACCGUGUAGUUUAACUAAUUGAUACAUAAAGUUUAAUUAUGAUUCUUAAGAAUAUGCUAAGGUGUAAGUUUCAUUUGUCCAACUCACCCAGUAUGAGAUACUUUUUAAUUCAGUGGAGCGACAAAGGGGUGGGGUGACUCACAGUGACAUUUGAUUCGUUAAGUUCUUGUUAGUAUUAUUUACAAUAUUGUAUUAAGCUUACUAUUAUAGUAAUGGUAGAAACUGUUGAUGUUUUUCUUCUCUUGAUAUGAAAAGGUCUUUAUGCAUUUAUGUAGAAUCCCUUUUAAGGAGUGAUAGGAAAUCCUUAUUUUCAAUGGAUGCACUUAAGCAAUUGUACCAACCUGUCUAAAUCACACAUUGAGCAAGUAACGCAUUUGAAUGUAAAAAAAAGACCACUCAACUCGAUGCACUCCUUAUGCUUAUUGUUUUGUCAAUUUACAAGUGAGCUUUAAGUUUUCUUUUUCUUUUUGGUUUUUUUUUACGAAAGAAUUUGCGACAGGUUUUCAACUUAGACUAUAUUUGAGUUCUUCCACAUACAUUUAUAGAAAGUAACUUAAAAUGAAUAAAAAAAAAAAACAUAUUACAAUUUCUCAAAUCUAUUUU